AUGGGGAGGAAGUACCAUAAGCUCUCUGUGGGGCGUGAGAGCUUUGAAAUCGACACGAGGUACACGGAUCUCAAGCCUAUUGGCGACGGGAGUUAUGGUUUUGUGUGCUCCGCUGAGGAUUCUGUUGAGGGACGGCAGGUGGCUAUCAAGAAAGUUGGCGACGUGUUCAGCGACCUGGUCGAUGCCAAGCGAAUCGUGCGGGAAAUCAAGCUACUUCGGCAUUUCGAUGGCCACGAGAACAUCAUCGCGAUUGCCGACAUCAUGACGAUUCCUCCAGACACAACUGACUUCAAGGACGUGUACAUCGUGACAAAUCUCAUGGAGUCCGACAUGGACCGCAUUAUCGCUUCUGGACAGCCCCUCACCGAUCAACACUUCCAAUACUUCAUCUACCAGGUUCUGCGUGGAUUGAAGUUCAUCCACAGCGCUAACGUGCUGCAUCGGGAUAUGAAGCCAUCAAAUCUGCUGGUCAACGCGAACUGCGACCUCGCCAUCUGCGAUUUUGGUCUCGCUCGAGGCGUCGAACUGGAGUACGAGGAUGAAUUGACGGAAUACGUGGUGACCCGGUGGUAUCGGGCCCCUGAACUUCUGUGCGACUCCACGCACUACGGCAAAACUGUCGAUGUGUGGAGCGUUGGAUGCAUAUUUGCCGAAAUGCUGUCCCGACGUCCUUUCUUCCAGGGGCACAAUCCGCAUCAUCAGUUAGAGACCAUCGUGUCGGUACUCGGGCUGCCCCCGGAGGAGCAGCUGUCGUUCGUCACGCACCCUGCUGCACGAAAGGCCAUCAUGUCGAAGGCAAACGCCAAGCCGAAGGAUCUGGAGUCGUACUUUCCAGCGGACGCGAGCCCAUUGGCGUUGGACUUGCUGCGACGAAUGCUCGUGUUCCAUCCAGAACAUCGUAUCACCGUCGACGAGGCCUUGGAGCACUCGUAUCUUGCGGACCUCCACGGGCAGGUGAUCUGAGAUCGGCUUGAGCCCACUGUACCUUGAAUACGACCACUCGCUGAAAAUGUGGAUUGUGUCUCCGUCACUACACUCCUAGUGACGUGUUGGAUGUAUCAAUUACCGCUACUUCCUACCACCACAUAAUACGUGAAGGGAUACACCGAGUACUGCCCGCACGCCCAUGGUCCCUCGGAGUCCGUUCUGGCGUUCUCACUAUAAUAAGUACAUCGUGCUCUUUAGUUCGAUAAAUGGUGGUGGGAGCUAUCAAGGGCAAUGUGGGCGUUGUGUCCGAUGUCAUACAUGCCAAGCACCCAGCACUGCUGGACUUCCCGAUGC